UGUGGGGCUUGGGGUGAGCCGUGGACGAGGGGCCUCCUGCUGCUGCCAUCCCUCCCUGCUCACCACGUGUCCUGCUGCCAGCCCAGCAGCAUGGAGCUGCCCCCCAGGAGCCCCGAUGGCAGCGAGCGGUGCCCGCGGGGCGCGGAGCUGGCGGCCAGCAGCACGGGCAGCACGCUGUGCAUGAGCUCCUCCCGCAGCGAGUCCGUGUGGACCGGCGCCCCCAGGAGCAGGUGGGACAUUUACCACAAACCCCUCAUCGUGGUGGCCGUGGGAGCUGCCAUCUUCCUCUUCGGGGUGGUCAUCACCAGCCUGGCCUGCUUCCUCAGCAAGCACAAGAAGGUUUACAAGAUGUCUGGCCCGGCUUUCCUGUCCCUGGGACUGAUGCUCCUGGUGUGCGGUCUGGUCUGGAUCCCCAUCAUCCGCAAGAAGCAGAAGCAGAGGCAGAAGUCCCAGUUCCUGCAGAGCCUCAAGUCCUUCUUCUUCAACCGCUGAGGGCAGCCAGGAGCUCCUCCAGAAGGUUCCCUGCCCUCCUGCAGCCCGUGUUGAUCAGCCUUGAGAACAAACACUUCCUUGUACUCCCUAGAGGAUUUCACCCCAUCAGCAGCUUCCCUCCAGCGUGAAAAUGAACUUUGUGCUUCAUCCCAGUCAUCCCAGGGAAACAGGAGCAGGAAUUUCCAGCUGAGCCCAGCAAGGCAGGUCCGAGGUCUCUGCAUCACCCCCCUGUCCAAAGAGUGAGCCCAGAGCACAAAGUGGGUAAAGCACAGCCCCAGAGGAGCCCGGGCUGGAACAAAACCCCAAAGGAACCAGAUCCCCCAGGAGGCCCUGCAGGAUCCAGCAGCAGAGAGGAGCCACAAUUCCUUCCAGCUCCCUGGUUUGCCAGAGAGGCUGGAGGGUCUGCACAGCAGCAGGAGACAUCAGAAGCAGAGGGACACAGACCCUGCAGAGGGUCCCAGAUCCUACAGAGAGUCCCAGAUCCUGCAGAGGGACACAGAUCCUGCAGAGGGACACAGAUCCUGCAGAGGGGCACAGACCUUGCAGAGGGUCCCAGAUCCUACAGAGAGUCCCAGACACUUCAGAGGGACACAGACCCUGCAGAGGGUCCCAGACCCCUCUGCUCCAGGCACCUGGCAGGGCAGGGACCAGGGAGAUGUGUCUGGGAAUGGAGUGAGCUGUGGGAACACAGGGCUGAUUCCCUCCCAGGACACUCAGCCUCCCCCUGGCCAGCCCUGCUGAACUCCCCCAUUUCUGGCACCGCUGCCACACCAACACCUAUGCCUGAAGCUGUGCCCCAAGGGGCCCGAGGCUGAGCCUUGGGUUCACCCUGGCACUGGUGCCAGUCUGGGACCAGGGCUGUGUGCCUGGAGAUCCCCUCCAUGCCCUCCAUGAGCCAUGUGGGCAGAGCUGGAGCUGGCACAUCCCAUCCUGGCAGCUGGCACAGCUGGCUUAGGAGUGUCUGAGCACACGAGUCGCUCUGCCCCAGGCUCAGCCCAGCCCUGAACUUUGUUUCCUGCCUGGAGCAGGCGCCCCUGGGCAGGCAGUGCCAGCUUGGCUGGGCCAGGCCUGGCACAGGACCCAGCAGAGCUCUUUGUUCCUCAGCCAUCCCUCGUGCCGUGCCACGCUCGGCUGCUGUUUGCAAUCCUGCCCUGGCACGGCACCCAGCCCCUGCUCCUGCAGCUGCCACGGGCAGGGGAUGCUCCCCAAAACUCCUGCUGGGGCAGCUGCAGCCAGGUGGGCACCAGGAUUCAGCAUGGGAGACCAGGGAGAAGGUGCAGAGCAGCCCCAGGUGCCAGCUGGCUCAGGUGUGGGCACGGGGAGAGCCCUGGGUGGGGGCACCCAGAGAUGGGUCCUGCUGCACAGAGCUGUGCCCAGCCAGGGCUGCCUGGCCACAGGGGUACUCCUGCACUGCCAGAAGGACAGAGGGAGCUCCUGCUGCCCCUGGCCAAGGAGGAGGCACUCAGUGACAUGGCAGUGGGGUAAAAAGUCACCGAGAGUUGAAUCGGAUUCCAGACUCCGUUUAUUACAAGAAUAUGAGGUUUCAUUAAAGGAAAACAUUCCCAAGGGAGCUGCA